UCACACUGCUCAGACCCUAUAGGGUGGGUGAGUGCUCACAUGUACACACACGUGUGUGAACAUGCUGCAUGUGGGUGCAGAGUGAAGACCCUGGAGUACCCCUGGCCUCUGGUCCUCAUCUCUCUCGCCCAGUUCUCUACCCCAUCCCGACUCUCCAAGUGGUCUCUGCCCAGGGCCUGGACCCCCCAUGCUGGGACUAGUUAGGGCUCUCUGGGAAGCCUGACCAAGGCAGGCAGGAUGUGGGGGUGGCUAGGGCUGGAGGGACAGGAAGGAAGUCUGAGCAGAGACAAUAGGUGGAAGGGGAGGAGGAACUGGGAAUGACCAGGAUUAGGAUGGCCAGCCUGUACCUCAGCUCUGGAAACCAGUGAGAGGGGGAUCUGCACCUCCUCCCUCCUCCUAUGCCACAGCUGCCCCUGUUCCCACCUUAUGCCACAGCGGGAUCAGGCCACAUCAUGGGCCCCCUCCUUCCCACCAUCCCCCUCCCCCUGCCCCUACAGGGUUCCAGCAUCUUGUCAUAUGCUUACUUAGUUGAGUGUGCAGUAAUGCAGAGGCAGAGCUUUGACCUAGACCCAGGGUGGGCAGGAGUUUGGGGGCCAACACUACCACUGACUUGCUGUGAGCCUGGGGCAAGCCUCUUCUCCUCUCUGGGCCUCAGUUUCCUCAUCUGCAAAUGAAGGGAUUCUCCUCUAAUGAGAAAGCCCUUUCUGAUGUUCUGGGAUGGCUCUGCCUCCAGAUAGCAGGCCUCUGGUCAUUUUUCUUUGGAGGAAGACUGGAGUCUGGUACCCCCUUUUCAGGCCUCAGACUUUGGGACAGGGAGGGGGAAUCUCAGCCUGAGCCCUCCCUUCACCUACCCCCUCCCCCCAGCAAUGGACUGAGCCCCCAUGGCUGCCCCUCAGGACCUGGACAUCGCUGUGUGGCUGGCCACGGUGCACCUGGAGCAGUAUGCAGACACGUUCCGGCAGCAUGGCCUGGCUACAGCAGGUGCAGCCCGGGGCCUGGGCCACGAGGAGCUGAGGCAGUUGGGUAUCAGCGCCACAGGGCACCGGAAACGCAUUCUGCGGCUGCUGCAGGCGGGCGCUGCAGAGGGCGCCCCGGAUCCCCAACCGGAUAGUGCCAUGGAGCCAUCCCCCAGCUCAGCCCCCCAAGCCCAGCCCCCCAAGCCUGUGCCUAAGCCCAGGACGGUAUUUGGUGGGCUCAGUGGGCCCACUGCCACCCAGAGGCCUGGGUUGAGCCCAGCCCUCGGGAGACCAGAAGUGUCCAGGAGCCCAGAAUCCAGCCCAAGGUCCCCUCCUCUCCCCACCUCCUCCUCUGAGCAGCCUUCAGCCUUGAAUACUGUGGAGAUGAUGCCCAACGCCAUCUACUUUGGCCUGGACGUAAGAGGCAGGGCACAGACAGCUCAGGACAUGGCCCCAGCCAGCUCCCAGACAGCUGCCCCCACCCCUGCCCUCAGGCCCACAACGGGCACAGUGCACAUCAUGGACCCUGGUUGCCUGUACUAUGGUGUCCAGCCUGUGGGGGUCCCAGGGGCCUCCGACAGAAGAGAAGGCAGAGGUGUCUGUCAGGACAGGGCUGAACACAGGCUCAGCAGGCAAGAUCUAGAGGCACGGGAAGACACUGGCUAUGCCAGCCUUGAGCUGCCCGGGGACUCCACCCUCUCACUGCCCACCCUGGACACAGAGGAGACCAGUGAUGACCUCAUUUCACCCUAUGCCAGCUUCUCCUCCACGGCAGACCGCCCCAUGCCCCUGCUCAGUGGAUGGCUAGACAAGCUCUCCCCUCAGGGAAACUACGUCUUCCAGAGGCGCUUUGUGCAGUUCAAUGGAAGGAGUCUGAUGUACUUUGGCAGUGAUAAGGACCCCUUCCCCAAGGGUGUGAUCCCUCUGACUGCCAUUGAGAUGACCCGUGGCAGCAAGGACAACAAGUUCCAGGUCAUCACCGGCCAGAGGGUGUUUGUGUUCCGCACAGAGAGCGAGGCUCAGCGGGACACGUGGUGCUCCACACUACAAUCCUGUCUGAAGGAGCAGCGCCUCCUGGGCCACCCCCGGCCCCCACAGCCGCCCCGACCCCUCCGCACGGGCAUGCUGGAGCUGCGCGGACACAAGGCCAAGGUGUUUGCCGCCUUGAGCCCUGGCGAGCUGGCGCUGUACAAGAGUGAGCAGGCCUUCUCUCUGGGCAUUGGCAUCUGCUUCAUUGAACUGCAAGGCUGCAGUGUCCGGGAGACCAAGAGUCGCAGCUUCGACCUGCUCACACCUCAUCGCUGCUUCAGCUUCACGGCCGAGUCUGUGGGGGCUCGGCAGAGCUGGGCGGCCGCUCUGCAGGAAGCAGUAACCGAGACCCUGUCUGACUACGAGGUGGCUGAGAAGAUCUGGUCCAAUCGGGCAAACCGGCACUGUGCGGACUGUGGGGCCUCCCGCCCAGACUGGGCUGCUGUCAACCUGGGGGUGGUCAUCUGCAAGCAGUGUGCAGGUCAGCACCGGGCCCUGGGUUCCGGCAUCUCCAAGGUGCAGAGCCUGAAGCUGGACACAAGUGUCUGGAGUAAUGAGAUAGUGCAGUUGUUCAUUGUCCUGGGAAAUGAUCGUGCCAACCGCUUCUGGGCAGGGGCACUACCCCCAGGUGAGGGGCUGCAUCCAGAUACAACCCCUGGCCCCCGGGGAGAGUUCAUCUCCCGGAAGUACCGGCUGGGUCUCUUCCGGAAGCCCCACCCUCAGUAUCCAGAUCAUAGCCAGCUUCUCCAGGCGCUGUGUGCCGCUGUGGCAGGACCCAACCUGCUGAAGAACAUGACCCAGCUCCUCUGUGUCGAGGGCGAGGAGCCCUGGUCUCCCUCAACCCUCGAUGGCAGCUUCCCUGGUCUCCUGCCCCCAGACCCCUCCCCUGGUGUGUACAAUGAGGUGGUGGUGCCUGCUACUUACAGCAGCUUCCUGUACUGUGGUCCCAUCAGCAACAAAGCUGGACCCCCACCCCCUCGCAGGGGCCGGGAUGCUCCCCACCGAAUGUGGUGUGUGCUGGGAGCGGCUCUGGAAAUGUUUGCGUCAGAAAGCAGCCCUGAACCCCUCAGCCUCAUCCAGCCCCAGGAUGUUGUCUGUUUGGGUGUGAGCCCCCCACCCACUGACCCAGGUGACCUCGAGAGGUUCCCCUUUUCGUUUGAGCUCAUCCUGACUGGAGGGAGGAUCCAGCAUUUUGGCACCGAUGGAGCUGAUAGUCUGGAGGCCUGGACCAGUGCCGUGGGCAAGUGGUUCUCCCCGCUGAGCUGUCACCAGCUGUUAGGCCCUGGGCUGCUGCGGCUGGGCCGUCUGUGGCUGCGGUCCCCCUCUCACACAGCCCUGGCCCCUGGCCUCUGGCUGUCAGGGUUUGGACUUCUUCGUGGUGACCACCUCUUCCUGUGUCCAGCACCGGGUCCUGGCCCCCCAGCCCCUGAGGACAUGGUGCAUCUGCGGCGGCUACAGGAGAUCAGUGUGGUCUCCGCAGCUGAUACCCCAGACAAGAAGGAGCAUUUGGUCCUGGUGGAGACAGGAAGGACCCUGUAUCUGCAGGGGGAGGGCCGGCUGGACUUCUCAGCAUGGAGUGCAGCCAUUGGAGGGGCAGCCGGCGGGGGCGGCACAGGGCUGCAGGAGCAGCAGAUGAGCCGGGGUGACAUCCCCAUCAUCGUUGAUGCCUGCAUCAGUUUUGUCACCCAGCAUGGGCUCCGGCUGGAGGGCGUAUACCGGAAAGGGGGCGCCCGUGCCCGCAGCCUGCGGCUCCUGGCGGACUUCCGGCGGGAUGCCCGGUCAGUGAAGCUCCGACCAGGAGAGCACUUUGUGGAGGAUGUCACUGACACUCUCAAACGCUUCUUUCGAGAGCUUGAUGACCCUGUGACCUCUGCGCGGUUGCUGCCUCGCUGGAGGGAGGCUGCCGAGCUGCCCCAGAAAAAUCAGAGGCUGGAGAAAUACAAAGAAGUGAUCGGCUGCCUGCCCAGGGUCAACCGUCGCACACUGGCCACCCUCAUUGGGCAUCUCUAUCGGGUGCAGAAGUGUGCGGCUCUAAACCAGAUGUGCACGAAGAACCUGGCUUUGCUGUUUGCACCUAGCGUGUUCCAGACAGAUGGGCGGGGGGAGCAUGAGGUGCGAGUGCUGCAGGAACUCAUCGACGGCUACGUCUCUGUCUUUGAUAUCGACUCUGACCAGGUAGCUCAGAUUGAUUUGGAGGUCAGUCUUAUCACCACCUGGAAGGAUGUGCAGCUGUCCCAGGCUGGAGACCUCAUCAUGGAGGUUUAUAUAGAGCAACAGCUCCCAGACAACUGUGUCACUCUGAAGGUGUCCCCAACACUGACGGCCGAAGAGCUGACUAACCAGGUACUGGAGAUGCGGGGGACAGCAGCUGGGACGGACUUGUGGGUGACGUUUGAGAUUCUUGAGCACGGGGAGCUUGAGCGGCCACUGCACCCCAAGGAAAGGGUCCUAGAGCAGGCCCUACAAUGGUGCCAGCUCCCAGAGCCCUGCUCAGCUUCCCUGCUCUUGAGAAAAGUCCCCCUGGCCCAGGCCGGCUGCCUCUUCACAGGUAUCCGGCGGGAGAGCCCGCGGGUAGGGCUGUUGCGGUGUCGGGAGGAGCCACCCCGCUUGCUGGGAAACCGCUUCCAGGAGAGGUUCUUUCUGUUGCGUGGCCGCUGCCUGCUGCUGCUCAAGGAGAAGAAGAGCUCUAAACCAGAACGGGAGUGGCCUUUGGAAGGUGCCAAGGUCUACCUGGGAAUCCGCAAGAAGUUAAAGCCUCCAACGCCGUGGGGCUUCACGUUGAUACUGGAGAAGAUGCACCUCUACCUGUCCUGCACUGAUGAGGAUGAGAUGUGGGACUGGACCACCAGCAUCCUCAAAGCCCAGCAUGACGACCAGCAGCCAGUGGUCUUACGACGCCGUUCCUCCUCUGACCUUGCCCGUCAGAAGUUUGGCACCAUGCCUUUGCUGCCCAUCCGUGGGGAUGACAGUGGGGCCACCCUCCUCUCUGCCAAUCAGACCCUGCCGAUGAAGUCAUCCCAGGGGUCGGUGGAGGAGCAAGAGGAACUGGAGGAGCCUGUGUAUGAAGAGCCAGUGUACGAGGAAGUGGGGGCCUUCCCCGAGCUGACCGAGGACACCUCCACCUCCUUUUCCACCACGUGGGAGCGGACAGCUAAGCCAGAGACCUCCCUCGCCAGCCAGAGGUCCUUUGAUCAACUCCUUCUCUCCAAGCCAGGCACCCUGGGCCAGGAGGAGAGGCCACCUGAGCCUCCUCCAGGCCCCCCUUCAAAAGGCAGCCCCCAGGCACAUGGGUCCCUGGAGGAGCAGCUGCUCCAGGAGCUCAGUAGCCUCAUCCUGAGGAAGGGAGAAACCACCAUAGGCGCGGGCAGCCCCUCCCAGCCCUCUAGCCCCCAGCCCCUGAGCUCCAGCGACCUUCCAACACAGACACCUGGCUUCCCCAGCCAACCUCCCUGCACUUCUAGUCCACCCUCCAGCCAGCCCCUCACAUGACCCUGGGACCACAGUCUGAGGGAGUAGGUUACCAAAAGACUCUCAUCAUGGCAGACAUUGCUGGGAGCUUCUUCUGCUCUGGCUGAAAAGACUCUAGAAUCCAGUGUGGUACUGUGGAAGGAGCACAGGACUGAGGGCUCUGGAGGCUGUGUCCUGCCCAGGGAGUGAGCCUCCACUCACUUAUCUGUGCCAUGAGGUAACUAAAAUAAGAAGAGCAGUGAAGGUCAAACUGUCUCUGAGAGCUGUAAGCCCCACGUAUUUUCCCUCACAAGGGCAACUCUUGCUUUAUAUAUUUGAUAGGUAGGGGUUCUGUGAGAGAGUUGGGGUUUUAAAAGAAUGGUUUUACUGCAUUAAAGAAAAAAAAGAUUUGGAAGCCUGAGAUCUGAAUGACUCUAAGUCUAUCCUACCCCACCUCCUAUAUUCAGAGACUACACUGGAGUCCUAGAGGGGGGAGGCUGACUGGGGUUGGGAGCUGAGGCAAAGAGGAGCCAAAAGCAUGGGUCAUUGUUAAUAAAUCGUAGAACCAAAAGGC